GCUAAACCCAGAGAGAAAGCAAAAGAGCACACAUGGCGACAAGAAUCAAAAUGCUCUUGUCUCUUGCCAUCUGUGCCGUGCUCGCACUCGUGCACCUUCCGUUCACCACGGCUGGCGGCGGCGAGGUGGCGGCGCCAUUUGACUACAAGAAGGCGCUCCACAGCAGCCUCCUCUACUUCGAGGCACAGCGAUCGGGCCGCCUGCCGCACAACCAGCGCGUCAAGUGGCGCGGCCACUCUGGCCUCGCCGACGGCCUACAGCAGGGCGUGGACCUCGUGGGCGGGUACUAUGACGCCGGCGACAACGUCAAGUUCGGCCUGCCGAUGGCGUUCACGGUCACCAUGCUGUCGUGGAGCGCCAUGGAGUUCGCGGACGACAUCACUGCCGCCGGCGAGUGGCGGCACGUGCUGGAGGCCAUUAAGUGGGGCACCGACUACUUCGUCAAGGCGCACACCGAGCCGUACGUGCUCUGGGCCGAGGUUGGCGACGGCGACACCGACCACUACUGCUGGCAGCGGCCCGAGGACAUGACCACGUCGCGGCAGGGGUACGACAACUGGUUCCUCCGGAGGGGGGCGAACCCAAACGUGGUCAUCGGCGCCAUCGUCGGCGGGCCGGACCACCUCGACCGGUUCAGGGACAGGCGCGACAACUACAUGCAAACGGAGGCGUGCACGUACAACACCGCGCCCAUGGUUGGCAUCUUCGCACACUUGCACGGCGAAACGGCCAUCAUGAAGAAAAGCUGA